GUCGUAGUAGCGGCUGUGGCCACGAUGGGGGCGAGCGGCGUGUCGGACUUCAGCGUGGCGCGCAUCCUCUCCCCGCAGCCGCGUGGACCGAGCGCCGGCUCGCCGUCGGCCGCGCCCGUCCCGAGGCCCGGCGCCGGUACCGGUACCUCUGCCGCUACCGGGACUUGGACUGGCGCCGCGGUUCCCACGUCGACCCGCUCGCAGUGCUUCGGGGAGACCUCGUACCAACCUGCCAGCUUCUACCAGAACCCGUCGGUGUUCGUCUCCUUCGGCCCGGACCGCACAGGAGUGCUGUCAUGGUGCAGUUACCAUGGUUACAGCCCCCUCGGACCUUGGCCCCCCCCCGGCCGUCCUUUGGCACCCGCGCAUCAAAAGACCCGGAUGAGGACCGUGUUGACGGCGGCACAACGCCACCAUUUGGAGGCGCUGUUCGCUCUCAGCGACUACCCGACGACGGAAGCGCGCGCGCGGGCCGCCGUCAGCACGAACCUCAGCGAGGAGACCGUCAGGGUGUGGUUCAAGAAUCGGCGCGCACGCAGGAAACGCCAGUGCAGCAGUUCAAAGGUCAAACCGGCAGCAGAGAACAAAGCCUUCAGCGCACUCCUCUGACGCCCCGUAACGCAUCAUCAUCAUCAUCAUCAUCAUCACCAGCAUCAUCCUCAUCAUGAACAUGGCUGAAGAUGCAUUCAGGUCCAGCCGAGACACGUCGAAAUUCGCAGUGCA